AGUUCUGUCCCAGAGACAACAAGUAUGAAUGCCACAGAUAAUGGUGUCAACUGUCUAUGUGCUAUAUGUGGGGACAGAGAGACAGGAAAGCACUAUGGCGCCUCCAGCUGUGAUGGGUGCAAGGGCUUCUUCAGACGCAGCAUCCGCAAGAGUCACGUUUAUUCCUGCAGGUUCAGCCGGCAAUGUGUUGUUGACAAAGACAAAAGGAAUCAAUGUAGAUACUGUCGAUUAAGAAAGUGCUUUAGAGCAGGAAUGAAAAAAGAAGCUGUGCAAAACGAACGUGAUAGAAUAAGCACGAGAAGAAGCACAUUUGAUGGCAGCAACAUCCCCUCCAUUAACACACUGGCACAAGCAGAAGUUCGGUCUCGCCAGAUCUCAGUCUCAAGCCCUGGUGCAAGCACUGACAUAAAUAUUAAGAAAAUUGCCAGUAUUGGUGAUGUCUGUGAAUCCAUGAAACAGCAGCUCUUAGUCUUGGUGGAAUGGGCUAAAUAUAUUCCUGCCUUUUGUGAGUUACCACUGGAUGAUCAGGUGGCACUGUUGAGAGCUCAUGCAGGGGAACAUUUACUGCUUGGAGCUACAAAGAGAUCCAUGGUGUAUAAAGAUAUUUUGCUUUUGGGAAACAAUUACAUUAUUCACUGCAACAGCUGUGAAGUUGAGAUUAGCCGUGUGGCCAACCGGGUUCUAGACGAGCUGGUCCGACCACUUAAAGAAAUUCAGGUUGAUGACAAUGAAUAUGCUUGUUUGAAGGCAAUUGUAUUUUUUGAUCCAGAUGCAAAAGGGCUAAGUGAUCCAGUAAAGAUUAAGAACAUGCGGUUCCAAGUGCAGCUGAGUUUGGAGGACUACAUCAACGACCGGCAGUACAACUCGCGGGGCAGGUUUGGGGAGCUGCUUCUGCUCCUGCCCACACUGCAGAGCAUCACUUGGCAAAUGAUUGAGCAAAUACAAUUCGUUAAACUUUUUGGGAUGGUUAAAAUUGACAACUUACUUCAGGAGAUGUUACUGGGUGGUGCUUCCAGUGAGGCUAACCAUCUCCAUCAACCAAUGCACCCACAUUUAUCUCAAGAUCCAUUAACUGGACAAACUAUACUUUUGGGUCCAAUGUCAACACUGGUUCAUACAGACCAGAUCUCAACUCCAGAAACCCCACUUCCUUCCCCACCUCAAGGCUCUGGACAAGAACCGUACAAAACAGCUGCAAAUGAAGCUUCAGUCAUUUCACACCAGCCUCUCUCCAAACAGAAGCAAUUGUGA